AUGUAUAUUUAUCCUAAAACUAAGAUUUAUAUUAUAUUAAAUUCUUAUUUAAAUUUUAGAGUAAAUGAUUUUAUUCUUAAAAAUGGAUUAAAAUGGAUUCCUUAUAGCAAAUUUAAAAACGUUGAAUAUCUUGAUGAAGGAGGAUAUAGUACUAUAUAUAAAGCUACUUGGUUAAAGAAUAAUAAAGAUGAAGUAGUAAUUCUUAAGUUCCAUAAGCCUUUAAAUGAAAAUUUGAAUGAAUUUUUAAAAGAAUGGGAAUAUCAUACAAGUGUUUUAAAUUCGAAUAAUAUCAUAUAUUUUUAUGGAUUUACAGAAGAUCCAAAUACUUCAAAAUAUAUGGUAGUAAUGGAUUAUGCAAAUAAAGGUAAUUUAAGAGGAAAUUUAACAAGGAUAGUUGAAAAUAAUUGGAAUCAAAAAUUAUAUAUGUUGUACGAAAUUAUUUCUGGACUUAGUAAGAUACAUGAAAAAAAUCUUAUUCAUUGUGAUUUUCAUGAUGGCAAUAUUUUAAAUCAUAAUGAUAAGAAUAAGGAUAGUUUGUUUAUUAGUGAUUUAGGAUUAUGCCAACCUGUAAAAUCAUUUUUAAAAGAUGAAGAUGGUAUUUUUGGCGUUAUGCCAUUUAUGGCACCUGAAAUUUUAAGAGGCAAACCUUAUACACCAGCAAGUGAUAUUUAUAGUUUUUCUAUGAUUAUGUGGGAAUUUACAUCUGGAGUACCACCAUUUAAUAAUAGAGCACAUGAUAUUCAACUUAGUUUAAGUAUUUGUAAAGGUGAACGUCCUGAAAUUAUUGAAAAUACUCCACAAUGUUAUGUAGAUUUGAUGGAAAAGUGUUGGGAUGAAGAUCCAUUAAAAAGACCAACUUCUAAAGAAGUAUUAAAAAUUAUUGAAAAAUGGAUUUUCCGUUCUCGUGAAGUCAGUGAAGAAUUAAAAAGCAACAUUAUGGAAUUUAUAAAUGCACCAACUGGACAUAACAAUCUUGCUACUAAAUCUCAUCCUAAAGCAUGUUAUACAAGUCGCUCACUUAAUUUUACUGGUAAAAAAUCAAAUGAAAUUCUUGAAAGUGAAGGUUCACAAGCUAGUAUAAAAGCAAAUGAAAUGAGUGAAGAUUUGAAUGAUUGUAUAAUUAAAGAUUCGGGAUCAUCAGCUGAAUGGCCUGAAGGAUAUAUUUAUCAUUGGGAUAUUGAAAGUCAAAGUUGGUAUAGAAAUAGAGAGGAUAAAUGUGCAUUGAAAAGUUUGAAUAAUUCAUCUGAUAUAUGUUCAGAUUUUUUAAAUGAGGGAGACAUACAAUGA